AUGUCUUUCUAUCGCUUUAGAAGACAAACCUACUCACCAACCUCGUCUACGAGCCUUUCACCAACGAGCCCUGUGAUCGAGAACCCCAUCACCUUCCAGGCUCUGGCUGCGAGGAUGGUCCCCGAUGUGAGCUUGAGAAAGAAGAAAAAGCAGCAAAAACCCCUCGUACUGCCAUCCAUGUUUCUGGAAGAGGAUGCCGACGACGAGGAUACCCCGCCUCCCAAGCUGGUGCGAGUCCCCUCUGCAGACGAGAAGACAGAGAAUGCGUCACGGACGAAUGGUGGUGAAGCACAGGCGCGCAGGAACAAGACUCAGUACUACGAUGGCAUCUUCAACGACCGUGGACCGGAGCAUCCUUCCACAAGCUUGCUUACCAAUGGCUCCAUUGUUGUGGUCGAGAUCAAGAUAAGCACCAGGGUCAAAGAGGAUGAGGCCAAGCUCGUGUCCUAUCUGACAUCUCGCCUGGCACAUGUUUACCAACGGCCUGAGACCUCCAUGAUGGUCGUUAUACAGCAGGACGUCCGCCUUCAUUUCGGUAACUCGGCUGCCCCUGCCUAUCUGAUGAAGGUCUUUGCGCACCCAUACCUCAUUGCCCCGAUCACGAACCUGCGCAACACGAUCUUCAUCCAGAAGAUCCUCCACGAAUUUCUCGACAUCGCGCCCAAUCGUGGAGUGAUUAUAUAUGCUUCUGUACCCGAAGAGAAUCUUGCGACAGACGGAGUCACGAUGUUGGGAGAUCUCGUACGUCUUGAACGCGACUCGCGGGACUCGGGUGUCUUCAAAAGCCUAUCGCGUUCCAUGAGUCGGAAGCUGAAGUCCAAUAGCAGCAGCCCACGUCUAUCUGUCGUCACAUCCUCCUGCGACAAAGCGGAUGGAUCUCAUGAAUCAACACCGGUCUCGGACAAAGAUGGCCAUGUCAAGGAAUCCUCUGGCGAAGGCGACCACUCCCAAUCAGUCAGAAAGUCCAAGAGCCUGCGUGAUUUUGUAUAUCGCCGGGUUGGAGACCGUGGUUCGGAGGAAGAAACGAAGUAGGGGGUAUCAUUAGAUCGGCAAAGGACUGGCUAUGGUGUUUUUCUUGAUAUUCGCUGUAUGGUAGUGCAUGGGUACCUCGCUCUUUUGUUUUUGAGCUUCGAAUGUUGUUGACAGGAGACGG